AAUAAGGCAGCAAUUCUAGAUCACCAUAAGGUUGAAAAAUGCAUAUGUUAAGGAUGCUAAAGAAAUGGGGAGGAGGAGGGGAAGUGAGAAAAAGUAUUUAUGACAGGCCGAGGUUGGGAGCUUUCUGUACGCUGGCCCUUUAAGGGAGAGCCCUCCCAGUGCUGUUCCUGGGCGAUGGCUUUUAAAAAGCCUGAGCGCUCCAUCCCUAAUGCAUUGUGUGGUACAUCGGCUACGGAAGCUGCAGGAACCAUGAGCCGUAAAGUUGUGAGGUCCAGUAAGUUCCGUCACGUCUACGGACAACCGGUGAAGGCUGACCAAUGUUACGAUGACAUCCGUGUUUCCCAAAUGACAUGGGAUGGCAAUUUUUGCUCCGUCAACCCCCAAUUCUUAGCCAUCGUUGUGGAGGCCAGUGGUGGAGGAGCCUUCCUGGUCCUGCCAUUGUCCAAGACUGGUCGCCUGGAUAAGGCCCACCCUGUGGUCUCAGGGCACACAGCUCCUGUGCUAGAUGUAGAGUGGUGCCCCCACAAUGACCAUGUUAUUGCCAGUGGAUCUGAGGACUGCACUGUUAUGGUCUGGUCAGUGCCUGAAUCUGGCCUUACAAGAUCUUUGAAUGAACCUUUGGUGACUCUUGAAGGCCAUUCCAAAAGGGUGGGGAUUGUUGCAUGGCACCCAACAGCCCAGAACCUCCUGCUGAGUGCAGGCUGCGACAACGUCUUGAAAGUCUGGGAUGUGAGUGUUGGACAGGCGGCCCUUUCCUUGGACGAGCUGCAUCCGGACGUCAUCUACAGCGCAGCUUGGAACCAGGACGGCUCUUUGCUCUGCACGGCCUGCCGAGAUAAGCGCGUGCGGCUUUUUGACCCCCGGUCGUGGGGCACCACUGCAAAUGAAUUGCCACGCGCACACGAGGGGUCUCGUCCUGUCCGGGCUGUGACUGUGAAAGACGGGAAGCUUUUUACAACAGGUUUCAGCCGCAUGAGCGAGCGACAAGUGGCACUGUGGGAUCUGAGAAAUCCUGAUGAACCGUUGACUCUCCAGGAGCUAGACACGAGCAGCGGCGUGCUCUUGCCUUGCUAUGAUCCAGACACCAAUGUGGUUUACCUGACUGGGAAGGGCGACAGCAGCAUCCGUUACUUUGAGCUGACCGGCGAAGCACCCUACGUGCACUACUUGUCCAUGUUUACUUCCAAGGACUCGCAGCGAGGAGGGGGCUGGAUGCCCAAACGAGGGCUGGACGUCAGCAAGUGCGAGAUUGCCAGAUUUUACAAACUACACGAGAGGAAAUGUGAGCCCAUCGCCAUGACUGUGCCCCGGAAGUCAGACCUGUUUCAAGAGGACCUGUAUCCUGACACAGCUGGUCCAGAUCCUGCCUUGACCUCAGAGGAAUGGCUAGCAGGGAAGAACGCAGGCCCCAUCCUCAUGUCCCUCAAGGAUGGCUACACUCCCCAGAAGAGCCGAGAGUUCAGAGUUAACCAGACCCUCCUUCAGGGGCCCAAGAGAAGUCAGCUGCCACAUGAAGGAACACAGCAAGGGGGUCCAGCCUUAGAGCAGCUCUCGGAGGACCUGAAGCGGCUGCAAGCGACUGUGUUGGAACAGGAGCGACGCAUCUCCGAGCUGGAGAGGAUCGUGAAGAAAUAGCUCCUCCUCGUCUUCCCAGCUCGGCUGGUUCUUCAUCAGUCACAACGGACUUUGUUUCACUGGCCUUUUAAAACCCCUUUGAUUUUUUUUUAAUGGGUGGAUCCUCAGGGCAUUAUUAAGACUCAUCCACCCUAAACUCAGGGCAGAAGCUCAGCUUGCCUAUUCCAGACAGAGCCCUUUUCCUGAGUUAACAGGUCCCACCUGAAAAGAUACAAAAUGCACUUGGCUUAGCCUUUGGGAAGGCAUUCGGGCCGAUAGCCCUCCUCCUGACAACUUGCAGGCGUGUAUCUUGCAGGGCUCCAAUGCCGGGUAUCUGCCUUCUCGUCACCGCUGUGCUGUUUCCCUUACAAAACAAAUUGUCUUCCUCUGGACUUUUUAGAAAUGCUGCACAGCCCCUUUCUUAGAUUCUGCUUUUGAGGGCAUGGUGGAGGGGGUUU